CCUCUCCUCUCAUCCUUUAGUCCUACCCAUCCAUACCCUGCCAUCAUACCUUGAAAUUAGGCAGCCUCUUAGCUCUUCACCCGCCCGAUCCAGUAAUCGAGCCGCAGCCAUGGUUCUACUCGACUUGGUACAAAGAGUCUACUGCGCCUUUAACCCGCCGACUCCGGUCAAGAAGAAUGACGCCAUCCGGAUCGGACUGCUCGGAGCCUCCAACAUCGCACCGUUUUCCGUGAUCAAUGCUGCCAAGUCACACUCGGAGGUCAUUGUGGUCGCGGUGGCUGCCCGAGACCGCGAGCGAGCGCGCCAGUACGCGGAGAAACACGACAUCCCCAUCGUGCAUGAUUCCUACCAGGCCCUGAUCGAUGACCCCUCGGUCAAUGCAGUCUACAUCGCCCUGCCCAACUCCCUCCACUACGAAUGGUCUCUGCGCUCCCUCAAAGCCGGAAAGCAUGUACUACUCGAGAAACCCUCCUGCUCCAACGCCGAGGAGGCCCGGAAACUGUUCAAUCACCCCCUGGUGACUGCUCCCAAUGCCCCUGUUAUCCUGGAGGCGUUUCACUACCAGUUCCAUCCAGCCUGGCAGACCUUCCUGUCCCAGGUCCACCAGUCUCCAUACGGCGGGGCUGUAAAGCACGUGUCUUCUUCAUUCUACCUCCCCAAGAGCUACCUCACUCUGGAUGACAUCCGCUUCAAGUACGGAAUGGCAGGCGGCUGUCUGAUGGACCUGGGCACGUAUCCUCUAUCCUGUGUCCGGCAGGUCCUGGGCAGGGAAGUGCGUCUCCAUCCCGUCACAGCUCAGCACAAGCCUCUGCCACCCGCCGCGGAUGGAUCUGCCCGAGAGCCCCAGAUUGACGCGGGUGUCUCAGCUACGUACCGGACGGACAAGGGCCAGACGGCGCAAAUCGACGGCGAUCUGCUCCGGGGAGGCGGCUGGUCGCUUUCGCCCCUGUCGUGGGCCAAAGGUCUGGGCUUGGAGUGGCCCGUGACGCACGCAACCCUCGAGGAGGCCCUGGUUGAUUCGCAGGACGAUGGGGCGCAGCACUUCGUCCAACGCAACGUGACACUGUGGAACCAGAUGCUUCCGUGGUUCUAUCACCGGAUUGAUGUCUGUGACACGCACGUCCUUCGUCGACAAGGCCGGGAUGUGAAAACGUGGAAGGAGACCAAGUACCUCAAGGCUUACAAUUGGCCUGCUGGUGAUGAGCGUGCUAAUGUGUAUCGCGACUGGUGGACGACUUACCGCUGCCAAUUGGAGGAGUUUGUGAACCGCAUCAAAGUUCGUAAGGGCUCCGGGGUGUGGGUUGAUGGCAAUGAAAGUAUUGCGCAGAUGGAGGCGAUCGAUGCGACUUAUGCCCAGCUGGGAUUGAAGAGUCGGCCGACCACCGCCGUCGAGAUUUAACCACGAUGCAGGGCCAUGGUUGGGAGGGGCGACUUUGAUCCUGGCGUCUAGAGCUUAUCGAUAACAAUUCAUUGUGACUGUUACAUGCGUAUCUGAU